AUGUCUAACCAAGCUGCUUGGAUCCCAGAGGCCCGUCAACAGUUGACUGUUGGCCCCGCUCCAACGCCAAAGCCAGGGCCUGGCGAGUUGAUUAUUCGAAGCCAUGCGGUUGCAAUUAAUCCUGUUGACUGGAAGAUCCAGGAUUAUGGCAUCUUCAUCCGGAACUAUCCCUUUAUUUUGGGGGAGGAUGUUGCUGGCGUCGUUGAGGAAGUCGGUGAGGGAGUGACUCGGUUCGAGAAGGGCCAGAGAGUAAUCACACAUCUCCUGUCGCUGAAGACUGCGAAUGCCGCUUAUUCCGGUUUCCAAUUGUAUCCAGUGGCCCAAGAGAACGCAACAGCUGCGAUUCCCGACUCACUGACCUUCGAGAAAGCCACCACCUUGCCACUGGCCGUCUCAACUGCUUCCGUGGGACUGUAUCUCCCAGACUAUCUAGGUCUUCCACUUCCAUCAACCAGUCCUGAGUCCACUGAACAGACUCUCUUGGUCUGGGGCGCAGCAUCUUCUGUUGGCGCAACGGCCGUUCAGCUUGCCGUUGCCUCGGGCUUGAGAGUCAUUGCGACGGCUUCUCCUGCUAACCAUCAGUUCGUCAAGGACUUGGGGGCAAGCGUUGUCUUCGACUACAGGUCUCCUACGGUCGUGAAUGACAUUGUGAACGAGCUCAGAGGAAAGGAGAUUGCUGGAGCCUAUGAUGCUAUUUCGGAGGAAGCCACUUUUGGACCGCUUUCCGCCAUUGCGGAAGAACUCGGCGGUCUCCCGGUUGCCUCUGUACUGCCUUACAAGAAUCCCUCCGAGGCAUUCAAGCCUAAACCUGUGAGUGCUAUUGCCGUAUUCACACCGCCGAACGACAAGAUUGGCCAAGCUAUCUGGGAGGACUAUGUGCCCAAAGCACUCGCCAGUGGACAGCUGCAGGCCAAGCCCGAUCCGGUCGUUGUUGGGCAUGGAUUGGAUAAGAUUCAGCAUGCAUUUGACGUGCAGAAAGCUGGUGUGUCUGGGAAGAAAAUUGUUGUUACUCUGUAG